AUGGCUUCUAAAGAUUGGAAAAGUCAACCGAUUUUAGUCAAACAGUAUUUUGACACUCUCGCUAAAUUGUCUCUGCAGCGGCAUAAAGAAACUUAUCCUGGCUACAUUUACAGACCGAGACAAAACAAAAGAAAAAAAUUCAGAGAAGUGACCAAAGAUAAAUUUAUAGAACGUACAACUAAUGAAAACAAUGGCAAUAAGAAAAAGCAAGUAGGAAGAAAAGUCGUUAAUAACGCUGCAGGAGAUAAUGAACGGCUCCAAACUUUGGUCGAAGACGAAUCCGCGUUAUUAAAUAACGCCAUAUGUUUUAUUAAUGUGUCGUACGAAAAUGUCCCAUCAGGUGAAUUGAUCGGAUACAAUGCACAAGAUCCAUCAACCGAGUGUUACGGACUAGUUCCAUAUGUUGAUGAACGGCAACACUCAUUGGAUGAGAUUAGUGGAAUGUGA